AUGUCGAUAGAUAUCAACUGGGACACAAUUACGGGCGGUACAGAGGGCUCCGCUCGUGCGGAAAAAAUACGAGCCUUCAUCCACGACCGGUUCCAACAGAUUACCCUGCCGCGUUUCAUUCGUUCCGUUCACGUGCACUCGUUCGACUUUGGCAGUGUACCCCCGGAAAUUGAGAUCAAGGACAUCUGUGACCCACUGCCAGACUUUUACGAGGACGACGAAGACUAUCCAGACGAAGAGGGGGAUGAAGCUGAGAAUGAAGCUGAGGAUGCCACCCCAGGCGCUGGCGACAAGCUACGCGACUCAAGCAACCCAUCCAAUCGUCCAUCAAGGGAUAGCCAGUCCAGAGAAAGAGGCCGGGGAGCAGAAGGUCCUGUGGGACGGAGUAUUGAUCACAAUCAACUACGCCCUUCUCAACCUCCUGCGAGGCCAUCUACCAAGCGCUCGUCAUUGGCUCCAAACGAGCUAGGUAGCCCAUUCUUUCCUGGAGCACUCACACCCGGUAUUCCUGGUGGAACCUCUAACAUGAACUAUUUCCAUCUUCCACUGAGCGCAGGGCUUUCUGGCGCUGCCACGCCUCUCGCUGCUGUAGCCGGUGCCCAGUUGCACAGUUGGCUUGACAACCCACAUCGGCCUUCGACUCCAACCAAUAUGCGUCUUCGGCACGCUGCGUCUGUGAACUCGCUGACUCUUACACCACAAUCCCACCCAGAUCCCACCUCGCGCCCUUCAUCCAGACACCAGCAUGAUGAGGGGAAGAGGCAAUCCUUUGCCGGAUCAGAUGAUGGUGCUUCGCCGCAUGGCUACACGCGGACCCCAUCUGCGUCGCCCCACCGCAUGCAUGAGAAGAGCCCGGAGGAUAUUCAAGUCGUGACACAUGUGCAGUACUCUGGGAAUAUCAAAAUGUCACUGACAGCAGAGAUCCUCUUGGAUUACCCCAUGCCAAGCUUUGUCGGCAUUCCCCUGAAGCUGAACAUCACCGGACUUACCUUUGACGGUGUCGCAAUCCUUGCGUACAUAAAGAAGCGAGCACAUUUCUGCUUCCUCUCACCGGACGAUGCAGACGCCCUAGUCGGUAGCGACAUCGGCUUCAAUGGCCUUCAGACGGACGCGCAGGGCCAAAACCCACGGCCUGUGCAACGACCAAAGAUCGGAGGCCUGCUCGAACACAUCAAAGUCGAAAGCGAGAUUGGUGGCCAGGGCAGUGGUAAGCAAGUGCUCAAGAACGUGGGCAAAGUAGAGUCAUUCGUGCUGGAGCAGGUCAGGCGCAUCUUCGAAGACGAGUUUGUCUAUCCAAGCUUUUGGACCUUUCUCGUCUAG